GGGGCGGCGCGGCGGCGGCGGCCCGCCGGAGCCGCUGGCCGGAGGCGCGGCGGCGGCGGCGGCGGCGCCCGAGCGGGGGGCGCAGCGCGGGGCGGCGGCGCGGCGGCGGCGGGGGGGACGCGGCGGGGCGCGGCGCGGCGCUGCCCUGCCGCCCCUCAUAAAGCUUUGAUGAGACACUUGAGCCGCCGCCCGUGUUGCCGGGGCGGCAGGAGGCGGCUGGCGGGACUGGGCGCCCCGGAGAGGAUGUGACUUCCCGGAGGGACCCGGCCAGGCUUUGUGUGGACGACGAGAUACAAGCAAAGGGCCAGAGAACGAAUCACUUGCUCGUAGAGGUGCGUGGCUUUCGCCUACCUGAGUUAGCCUGAGUGGCUGCUGGCUAGCACGAGUGGAGAGUUUGCUUUGUUUACGUAUAAUCCGCCAUCUCCAGCUGAAAGGUCGUCGUAUCGAUUGGGCGCCAGCUUCUCUUCCGCGCAUCUGCGUCAGUUCCACCAAGUGAGAAGAGUGAUGACCAUCCUUUUCCUUACUAUGGUUAUCUCAUACUUCAGUUGCAUGAAAGCUGCCCCGAUGAAAGAAGCUAGCAUAAGAGGACAAGGCAGCUUGGCUUACCCAGGUCUGCGGACCCAUGGGACUCUUGAGAGCCUAAACGGGCCCAGUGCUGGUUCAAGAGGACUGACAUCGCUGGCAGACACUUUUGAACAUGUCAUAGAGGAACUUCUAGAUGAAGAUCAGGACAUGCAGCCCAGUGAGGAAAACAAGGAUGCAGAUUUGUACACGUCGCGAGUCAUGCUGAGCAGUCAAGUGCCUUUGGAACCCCCCCUGCUCUUCCUGCUUGAGGAGUACAAAAACUACUUGGAUGCUGCAAAUAUGUCCAUGAGGGUCCGGCGCCACUCUGACCCAGCUCGCCGUGGGGAGCUGAGCGUAUGUGACAGUACGAGUGAGUGGGUAACAGCGGCAGAGAAAAAGACUGCAGUGGACAUGUCCGGUGCGACUGUCACAGUCCUUGAAAAAGUCCCAGUACCCAAAGGCCAACUGAAGCAAUACUUCUAUGAGACCAAAUGCAACCCCAAGGGGUACACGAAAGAGGGUUGCAGGGGCAUAGACAAGAGGCACUGGAACUCCCAGUGCCGAACUACCCAGUCUUACGUGCGAGCUCUCACCAUGGAUAAUAAAAAGAGAGUUGGCUGGCGGUUUAUAAGAAUAGACACUUCCUGUGUAUGUACAUUAACCAUUAAAAGGGGAAGAUAGUGGAUUCAUGUUGUAUAGAUUAUAUGGAGACAAAAAUAUCUAUUUGUAUAUAUACAUAACAGGGUAAAUUAUUCAGUAAAAAAAUAAUUUUAUGGACUGCAUGUAUAACUGAAGUUUAUACAGUACAGUGGUUCCACAAUCUAUUUAUUGAACAUAUCCAUGACCUGAAGGGGAACAAAAGUCAUUUGCGCACAACUUAAAAAACAAAAGUCUGCAUUACAUUCCUCGAUAACAUUGUGGUUUGUCGCCGUUGCCAAGAAUUGAAAAUAUAAAAAAUUAAAAAAAAAUAAAUAAAAUUGCAUGCUGCUUCAAUUGUGAAUUGAUGAUAAACUGUCCUCUUUCAGAAAAAAAAAUUGAACCAAAACAUUCCGUUUACAUUUUAGACAGUAAGUAUCUUUAUUCCUGUUAGUAUUAUAUCUGUUUACUGCUUUUAACUUCUUCUGAUAGCGUUGGAAUUAAAACAAUGUCAAGGUGCUUUUGUCAUAGUUUUACUGUUUCUCUUUUGCUUUUAAACUCCCAUGAGAUUGAAAAAAGAAAAAAAAAAUCCUUACCUUAUACGUUCUGGAUAAACAAUUUGUUUUUUGUAUGUUGUGAAGGUGUUUGCAAUAGCAAUCCAACUACUGACAAAAAAAUAAUAAUAAAAAAAAGAGGCAACUGAAAAAGAAUGGUGAUGUUCCACUUCACAUUGUUGAACUUCAGGCUUAAAGACAGCACUUACUUAACUGUCUGGCAACAUGCUUUUUUCUUUUUCUUUUUUUCCUUUCUUUCUUUUUUUUCCCCUCCUCUUUCCCUCCCCCCCCCCCUUUUUUCUUUUUAAUUUGCUGUCUUUUGAGACCUGCAUUUACUCAUACCAAGUUUGUUUGUGUUUGGGGUCCCCCCCCUUUGGAAGGAAAUUGAUUGCAAUUUAUAAAAAUAUUUCACUUCUUACCAUACAACUGGAGCUUGUCAUAUUGGAAAUAUCCUAUAGAAGGUUGAAAGCAAUGACUUUAAGGUAAUAAAAGACUCUCUGCUUCGAUCAAAUGUCUUGUUGAAGCACAACAGGCAUACCACCAAAAAAUGGUCCUCAGAGAUUAUUGUGGACCAGGGAAGGCAUGAGAGCAGAUAACAAUGUUUCAGCUUGACUAGGGCUAUCAGUAACAGCCAGCACUGAAUUGGGUCCUGCGCAGCCCAUGCGAGAGUGGAGGCUUUUGCACGCGUAGUGCAGGAGCAUGCUCCCCAGAGGAGUUUGUCUGGCAGUCUUAGGCCUUGAAGCCUGGCCAAAGUAUGCUACUGGAGAAACUGAGAAAGCGCCCUUGCCUGAGGGAGCCCGAGAUGUAGCUAUGGAGUGAGGGGGAGAGAGGCUCUGUCUCUAGUUGAAAGCGAUUAACGUACUUCGUUCACAUGGUUCUUUCUCUGCUAUCAGCCUUAUUUUAUUAAAACAAAUACUGGCAUGAAAAAUACUCAUGAAGAAAAAGGGUAAGAGUAAGUGCAGGAAUAGCUGACUUAACAGCUCCUGGGGUUUUGAUAGACCUGUCCAACCCCAUGGUACCAGUGCAGCUAGCCUGGCAGGAGUAUUUCUGCGGAGCGGAGUUGUAAGCCAAGGAGCUGCGCGUAGCACUUCCACUGACUGCAGUGGGUGGAGAGGCUGCAAUUGCUCAUUAGUGAGUUUGCUGAAGACAGAUGCUAUAUUUGUAAUGCCUGUAGAUGAAGUAAAACAGCUAAACAGAAAAUGCUGCAAAAUGUAACUACUUGUGAUUACUGCAGAAUUUGUUCAGUAGUCUGCCUUUCUCUUGAUUAAAAAUUGGACUGGACAAAGUUUGUUUUGAAAUAUGAUUCCCACCCAAUAAUUCUGUUUGGAGAAUAUAUUUAAUAUUGAAUUUAUAUCAAUACUAGCUUUAUAGGAUGGGUUUCUACUAACACAGACACCUUUAAAAUAAGUGAUUUCUCAUACUUAAGGUAGGACUUUUGCUUUGCUAGGAAAACUGUCAAAGUAGAGCUAUCACAACUGUAAAAUGAAAACUUUUUGUAUCAGCCACAUGUUCACUGGACUAUGAACAAAAACUAUUCCAACAAAUUUGUACUACCCUGCAGAGUCAUGAUAAGAGAAGGUUAUGUAUACCUCUGGAAAAGGUAUUCCUGACCGAUUGCAGGUAUUCAGGCUCCUACAUAGACAUCAGAAAUGAAAAAAUCCAUAACGAAACAUCUUGAAAUUUCAACUGAAGUCGUCUUCAUGCAAACUGAAAUUUGGUGUAGUAGAGGAUUUCAUUUCACCUCAGCCACUAGUUUUAUGUGUAUUAUAAUCCUGUGCCUUUAGUGUCCCACAGCUUGCACAAGAAUUAUUCUCAAUAGGAUUGAGAAUACUCAGUACUCUCGACUGCUGCAGAGACAUGGAAAUUCUGGAACUACUGAAGAUGACUGUAGUUAUAUUUUGACCUUGAUAAGAUUAAGACUUAACCAAAUUGAUCAACCAAUUCCAUUCCAGUUAAAUUUUAGGUGUAAUGAUGGUUCUCCUCAAAAUUAGAGUUGAUUGCCUAGGAAAGGGAAAGGAUGAUGCUAAUGAGUGAAAAACAGAUCGUUCAUGUAGACUUGCAGAAGAAAUGAUAGCUGUAACAUAACAGUAAUCUAAUUUAGAAGCAGGAAUAAAAUAAUUCCCAGUUAACAUAAUGAAUUUCUAAAAGAGAAGUGUUGAAACAUAAUUUGUACUUGAAAGAAAGUUUCUGAUUUUCCAGAGUUAAUUAUGGAUAUAUCCUUAACUCAGAAUUCCUCACCUGGAAUAAGUAAGAGUGACACUGUUCCAGAAUUAAAACAGUUCAAUGGUAGGACCAAGCUGGGCUAUUAACUUUCUAAAGGAGUAAUUUAAAAAAAAAUAGGACUACUUACAGAAUGCCUUUUAUUUAACAUAGCUGAAAAAGAUGGCUUCCAUUUCUUCUUUUUUUUUAAAUGAAUACCUAAAAAAAAAAAAAACCCUCACAGAUUAUUUUUGGAACAGAACAUGUAAAUUAGGUAUAUUAAAACAUAAACUAGUAGUUUUUACUUUGCCUUGGCUUUUGCAGCAAAGUUAUCUGUUGAGGUUUCUCCUCCCAUCCCGUUGCCCAUAGUGUUGGGGAUGUUGCUACCCCUCUGAGCACGGUCAGGACAGCGGUUUGUUGCUCUGCUGCGUGUUGAAAUAAUGCCAUUAGAAAUGCAUCCAAAGAGAUGAAGUGCAACCCGUGUGUGUGUGGAGGACUAGGGGAUGGAGUUACCAUAUCCUGUAACUACAUCUAGAGUGUGUUUCCCAUAAUACGCCAGUUAUAAACUGAUGCUUUCAACCUAUAUAAUACGACACUGAGAAUUAAACUGCAGUCCAAUGGCUCUUACUUGACUGCCCUAGUGCAUACGUGAUCACAGGCUUGGCAGUUUUAGUUGAACAGAGUUUGGGAGGGGUGGGGGUUUGGUUUUCUUUCAUGUCACUUAAGUAAAAUCUUGCUGUGGUCUGUUUGUGACAAAGGUAUAUCAUGCAUGUCAGCAGGCCUAGUGCUGUGUUAAAGUAAAGACUUGCAAAUGUAAGUUUAUGUCUGUGGCCUUGUUCUCUAUUUCCACCUUGUGUAACAUAAAUAUUUAUUGUAUAUUUAUAUAAUUUUAUGUUUUUGGGGGAAAAACUGAAAUUGGCAUUAAAAUUUAAAAGCAACUGCAUCAUAUUGUAAAUAUAAUUAAGCUAUAUUUAAGUGUACUAAUUAACAUAAUAUAUGUUUAACUAUA